GGAAGCCCCCUCUCUAACUUAGCAGGUAAGUUAGCAGUUAGCUGGCAAGUUGGUGAAUGCUGCCACCUGGUUGCAUGCGCUGUAAGCGAUCUGUUCCUUGUUUCCCCCCCCCAAAAACACUCCGCUUUGAUGCGACUUCAAACACCGCCUCUGAUCAGAGUCGGUCACGUCUGCUCUUGGUCUCCCGUGUUGGUUCAACUAUUUCAUCCGCCUCAUUUUUCCCAAACGCUGUUCUGCUCUGCAAGAAGGAUCCAGAAGACAAGUGUUGCCAAUGCAUCGUUAGAACAAACAUGGUUAAAUAUGAGCCAUCCGGGAUGUGCACUCCUCAGUGGCCUGUGUCCACAGAAUCUGAUGACUGAAAGGCGGUUGUCAUCUGCUGUCAGCACAAUGGGUGUGAUUUAACUGAGCCGUUAAAGACUUUGCAAGAAGAAAAGCCAAGUUAUUGUUUUCUUUGGAUUACAAUGCAAGUGAUGAGUUGCCUGUCAUUUAUAAAUGACAAAGAGAAUGCAGGUUCUCCGUUAGUGUCUGAUGAUUUAUUACCUGGACCUCCUCCUCUGCUGCCACCACCCGGAUUGUCCCCUCCUCCACCACCAGGACUACCCCCUCCUCCACCACCUCCUCCACCACCUCCUCCACCCCCACCACCGGGUCCCCAUGUCGUCCAUAAAAGUACCAAAAAACGGAUACGGAGCUUUUUCUGGAAAACUAUACCGGAGGAGCAUAUCCGGGGUAAAACCAAUAUUUGGACCAUUCAAUCGAGAGAACAUUCUUACAAGAUUGACACCCAGACCAUUGAGGAGCUGUUUGGACAACAGGAUGCCUUUGGUACGAAGAACAAGAAUUCUAGAUCUUCGUUUAGAGACAAAGUUGAAGAGAUCAAUAUUUUGGAUGCGAAAAGAAGCAUGAAUAUUGGAAUAUUUCUCAAACAAUUCAAAAGGUCAAAUCGAUGCAUUGUCGAGGAUAUUCGGUCAGGAAACAGUGAAACUUAUGGAUCUGAGAUCCUGCGGGAUCUUCUCAAAAUAUUACCAGAACCAGAAGAGGCAAAAAAACUGCAGGCCUUUAAAGGUGACUUAAGCAAGCUGUCGUUGGCUGAUUCAUUUAUGGUCCUGCUGCUACAAGUUCCAAGCUUUACUCUACGAUUGGAAGCCAUGGUUCUUAAAGAAGAGUUCGAGCCCUCCAGUAUCACUUUGUACAAAGCAAUGGAAACGAUGAGAAAUGCUGCACAAGAAUUGAUGAGAUGUGAAGAGCUGCAUGCAGUACUGCAUUUGGUUUUGCAAGCUGGCAAUAUUAUGAAUGCUGGAGGUUACGCAGGAAAUGCUGUGGGCUUCAAAGUUUCGUCAUUGCUGAAGUUGGUGGAUACUAAAGCAAACAAGCCAGGAAUGAACUUGUUGCAUUUUGUUGCUCUGGAGGCACAGAAAAAGGACACGGCGCUGUUGGCAUUUUGUGAAAGGCUGAAGCAUGUGAAGGAAGCAUCCAGAUUGUCAAUGGAUAGCAUUGACGCUGAGCUACGCUCACUGGACACCAGAGCGAGAUCGCUGCAAGCCAGUUUGAAGGAAGACAUUGAACUGCAGCAUCAGAUGGAGCUUUUCAUUCAGAAUACUUUGAGAGCAGUGGGAAAGCUAGAAGAAGAGCGAUUGGAAUUGAACCGGGAAGGUAACAUUCUAAUAGACUUCUUCUGUGAGGAUAAAGAAUCGAUGAAGUUAGAAGAAUGCUUUCGGAUUUUUUGUGACUUCUGUGACAAAUUCAAGAAAGCAGUGAAGGAGAAUCGGGAGAGAGAAAUUCGAGAGCUCAGUCAACAGCAGAGGAAAAAGGAACUUGAAGAGAAGCGACACUCGUGGGCUGCCGGGGAGCGAAACGGGUUUGGGAGAAGCAACAGUGAAAACGAUGUGGAAUUCCUCUCCAAGGAUGGACUGCAGGACUUGUUUGGACAUCAGCGUCCUCGAAGCCCAGGGGAUACAAACCAAACUAAAAUCAGGCGUAAACGGUCAUCCGUAGGCCCAAUAAUGGAUAGACAAUUACUGUCAUUUUUGCAGGAUGCUGGUUCAGGUGAAAAGGCAGAGUUAAACAGCCCAUCUAUCACUAGGCAAAGGGUAUCCUGGAAAGAAACAUCAGAAAAUCGAGAAUUAAGCUCAGGUAAUACACACUUGGACCAGAGAUUGGCUGCAAAAGGUCUUCGUCGAGCAGCUUCAACUUUGUCUUCUGUUGUUGGGAAUAGUAGUAGAAGGCAUUACAGCAACCCGGAGACUGGAGACGGGCAGCUAUACACCAACAUAGAGACUGGAAAUAGAAGGCAUUAUAGCAACCCAGAGGCUGAAGAUCAAAGGCAUCGUACCAACACAGAGAUUGGUGAAAGAAGGAAUGAUAGCAACACAGAGAAUAGUGACAGAAGGCAUUAUAACAACACAGAGACUGGAGACAGGAACUACAACAACACAGAAACUGGUGAUCGAAGGAGUUACACUAGCACAGAGAAAACUGACAGAAGGCAUUACAGCGACCCAGAGACUGGAGAUCGAUUCAAUCACAGUGUAAGUGGGCUUGAUGUGUACAGGAACAAUCCGAAUGCAAAAGAGAAUCGAGACAACGGAAAGGACAUGGAGUGCACAAACUUAAACCAGAUGACUGUAGCGAUUGAGGGACAUGAGCUUAUUCCGGGAUUGCAAACAUUUAGUUGCUCUAAAGUAAACAGCCCAUCAGCACAACAUGGUGAUCUUACAUUAAUAGACCUGGAGUCACUCGAUGACUCUAGUUUGCAGACUCCAAUUACUGACUUGAGUUGCCAAUCUCCAGCGACGGACUUGAGCUUGCAGACUCCAACUGACUCUGAUAUAAGUAUGCGCUCUCCCAGCCAGAGCUCGAAAGGCCUUCAUUGUUCCAACACUGAAUCUUAUCAGGUUACAAAUUCUCUUUCAUCCCUCCAAAUAGAGGAGGAUGUAGGAAGGGCCGAAGCAUCUGCAAUGAGCCCGGAUACCGCAACCUCACCCGGGAGCUUUGCUUCAAACCACGAGUGUGGAUCGUUUUGUUUGCCGGGAUACAGAGAUGAUGGCAAUUGUUCGGCAUCUUCGGAGAGGGAUGGAACAAAAGACCUCUGUCAUGAGGCUGAGAUGGAAUUGCACGAGGUAUUUGAUAAAAAGGAGGACUGUAUUGCUGAUCAGACAACGGUUUGCAAUGAUUUGGAGGGAGCGCCACUUGGUAACGCUUCUGUUUCUGUGCCUGAAGAACUUGGCGUUCAGGAUGUUCUUGCCCCUGAUGCAGGCUCCAUCAAAAAAGAUUCACGCAAUGAAACCAAGAAGGUUUCCAAUUUGAAGCACCUUGGUGCUGCUAAAGAGAAGGCAAGGGUCAUUCCGAAACCAACGGAGCUUUGUGUCAUCAGUGCAGUUCGUUCAAAAUCUCCAAGGACACAAAAGCAUGUUAAUAAUAAUGAGCAAAUGCGAAGGGUUUUACCAAUAUCAAAAUUGCCUGAAAGAUCGAAUAAUGAUAAGAGAACAGAAAGGAAAGUGUUGAGUGGUAAUGAACUGAAGCCACUUCAAAAGAUCUCAGGAUUACAUAGGAAAGGCAGCCAUUCGAAGACUCAUAAAGCCGGCAUUCCUGUCCUGGGUGCAAAGCCAUCGUAUGGGAACUCUGCCUCAGGUAAUUCAUCAAUGGCUCUGCCAAAGCGUCGAGAAUCACUGAGAAAGCCGUGUGCUAAACCCAUCCAAUAUACUCCCAGACUGAAAACUGAGGAAAACACUAAGAUGUGCCGCUCGUCAGUGCCAGGUGCAUCCAAGCCUGACCUAGAUGCAAGUAAAGUGGCACAACCAACAGGGAGAAAGAGCACAACUGUGCCAAAUCGCACACCGAGCUUUGCCAGGAACACUGUGGCCUCCUCUUCUCGGCGUAAUAAGACAGACUCCAAAACAAUGGCAGAUGGACCUCAACAAGCCUCCAAAUUGGUGGCUCCUGUCAGGAUUCCUUCACUAAAGCAAAUUGUGAGUAAGUGUGGGGCAGGCAAUGCCAUGGGCAGCGAAAAUGGACGUGUGAAAAGAGCAAACAGCCCAAAAGUGGCCAGCAACCUCCCAGAGCCAAGCCGAGUCCCAGUGUACAAAGCACAAGCCACUUCCACAGGGAACAGACGUUCACUGAAGUCCACAGAAAGUAGGCCAAAUGUAGGAGCAGAGAGCAAUGGAAAUCGGAUAAGUCCAGGCAGCAUAAAGUGGAAAUGAGAUUCUUUCAUCGAGUGUAGAUGAUGGUCAGAGCAGAUUAAAAGUGAUGGACAAAAUUUGCUGAACUGGAAUCCUCUCUCUCUCCGAACUUGCAUCCACUUCAGCUUUUCAUUGGCUUCACGUUGAGGCUAUCUGAUAACUCAUGACUGCAGGAGCCCUGGAUACGCUGCCAGAGGGCCCGAGAGUUGAAUCCCAGCCAAGAUGGAUGCUCAAGAGAUUGCUGCUCUGAGUAGAUGAGCGUUGCUGGUGUUUGGGCGAGCUGCUAGGCGAAGCGAGUUGUGGCAUUGGAAGGAGGAGAAACUGCCAGAGUGGCCUGUCAGACGUGGCAGUGGCAAUGUUGAAUUGAACUGCAGAGCUGUCCACAGGCUGGACCCCUUCCGCUGCCUGCCCACCUGCCAGUCCACCCUUUCUGCACCUUUUUCCCCAUUCUUCCCCCCACCAAGCUCCCUGAGGAAAUAGGAGAUGGGAGAUGGAGACCAAAAGGACAAAUGCUAUAUUUAAAGAAAAAAAAACAAGUAAUAAAAAUAGGAACUGGAUUUUGCAUUCAACUGAAUCCAAACCAGUGUGAACCAACAUAUAAAUCGAUGGUGACUUGGUUGAUUGCUUGGGAGAGAGAAGUGGUGUGUAAUGUUUUGUUGAACUGGAGAGCUGCUUCCUGUAAUGAAUUUUGAUGUAUUAUGUGACACUGUCAAAGCCACUCCAGCUUUUUCAGUGAUUUUUUUUCUCCCCCUCUCUUUCUCUUAAAUUGUCUGUCUUCAAAUUUCCUGUAAGGUACAUAUUUAACAUUGCAUUGGCCUGCUUUUUGUUUAAGGAGUAAGAGAGGUUAUUGCUAUGAAGUGUAUAGAUAGCAGUGAAUGAAGAGGUGUGCUGAAAUUUCCACUCGAUUACUUAAACUGCAGCACCGUCAUUUUUUUGUAUUGUGAUAUGUAUAACGUAUACAAUACAGACUCAUAGGAAAGUCUGUGUAGCUAAUGCAUAGGAAUGUUAGCUGGUGACUUGCCAGUAAAACCCAUUGAUGGGACUUGCCAUCAUUUGUUCAGUUGCUUCUCUUCAGGUUCUCUGUUUUGUUAGGCUGUGCAGAGCAGAGUUUCAGAUCCAUAAAGGCCACAGUUUGUUGCCACAUUGUGCUGUGUAACAUCGUUUUGAAAUGCUCUGAAAUUCUAUAGCUGUAAGAAAUGGCCACCGUUAUGGAUGCCAUGUGCAAUGUGACGGAAAGUGGAGCACUGAAUUUUGUGGAUGAUAAUGAUCCAUUCAUCGUCGAAUGUUAGAUGAUCAAUCAUUUUUUCAGCACAGAGUGCACUAAAAUGCAUCCCUUUCAUAAUUAACAGUGCCUGUGUAAAUACUGGUGCAUGUCAUCUAUCAAAAUAUACAUAUAUUGUGUGUGUGUAUAUGUGUGUGUGUAUAUAUAUAUAUAUAGAGAGAGAGGUGUGUUGGUGCAUACAUGUGUAUGGGUGAGUAUGUGUGUGCAUACACUCUCUGUUUCUUCAGUCUCGGUUUGACGCUACAAAAUCUGUUCAUCUGUUUACAGUGGCUUCAGCUAUUCAUAGCUCUUUUCUAGGGACAGCAAGAAUAGGCAUGUUCUCACCCUUCAUUCAGGUCAUGUGUUUUUGUUUUUCCCCAAAUGAGGAAUUGUACCCUGUCCCUCUCCAGAGGGUAUAUUCAGAUGUUUAAGAAAAUGUUUCUUCCCCUAUUGGACGUGUCACUGGCCCACUUGGAGACUGUGAUAAACUGACUCUGCUCUAGGUGAGAUGGAGCAAGUGACUGUAAUCUGCUACCUUCACGUAUGCUGGGAAAAAGAAUUGUGAUCCAUGUUGAUGCCAAUUUUUGAAAAUGUCAACUAAACACACGCACAUAAUUGGAAGAUUGUCGAGAUGAAGGAAUGCUGUUCCUUUUAACUUUCUCCCAUGUACACACACACCCGCCCCACACCUCCCCAUGUCUGUAAAUAAAUUGUUCUGGAAAUGAAUCAUUCUAUGUCAUCAACUGGACCAAAUUGUGUUAAGUGUGAAUCUGGCAAAUCAAGAUACACUUGAUCAGUCCAUGAGUAACCACCUCUCCCUCCUUCCAUGUCCUUUGUGCAUUUGCGUCUUGUGUAUGAGAUUCUGACAGCUAUUUGUUUCUUUAGUUUUUUUUUGAAUCAUGUACCGUUCAGUUCUGAUUGUUGUGUAAUGGAGGCCAGUGUGUUUGGGGCAGGUGCUUUAUUUUAUUACCUUUUUAUUGGUAUCUGUCUGUCCCAUGUUUUAAAGUACUAACGGUCACUUCAGCUUGUAAUAUAAUGUUAAUUUUCGAACGAAAGAGAUGCAUCUUUGUAAAAUUGAGAUGAGGUGUUGUACACAGGAACAUUUGCACGUCUCCUCAUAACUUCUGUUCAGUCAAGUAUUAAAAAGUCAAUGCUG